AUGAAUUUGAAAUUCAUUUGUUUAUUAUUCAUUUGUAUAAGUAGCUGCAAUGGCGUAAAGCUGUUGGAAGCGAACCCGGACGUGAAGCGAUUGUACGACGAUCUGCUGAGCAACUACAACCGCUUGAUCCGUCCCGUGACCAACGUGACCGACAUUCUCACGGUGUGGCUGGGCCUGAAGCUGUCGCAGCUGAUGGAGGUGAACCUCAAGAAUCAGGUCAUGACGACCAAUUUGUGGGUGGAGCAGAAAUGGUUCGACUACAAGCUCCAGUGGAAUCCUGAAGACUACGGUGGCGUUGAAAUGCUGUACGUGCCGUCGGAGCACAUCUGGCUCCCAGAUAUCGUGCUGUACAAUAAUUGGGACGGUAAUUACGAAGUGACGUUAAUGACAAAAGCAACGUUGAAGUAUACUGGCGAAGUGAACUGGAAGCCGCCUGCGAUCUACAAGUCGUCCUGCGAGAUUAAUGUCGAAUAUUUCCCAUUUGACGAGCAGACGUGCUUCAUGAAGUUCGGAUCGUGGACCUAUAAUGGAGCUCAAGUGGACCUAAAGCAUAUGGAUCAGUCUCCCGGUAGCAGUCUUGUACACGUUGGGAUCGAUCUGAGCGAAUUUUAUUUAUCCGUCGAGUGGGACAUUCUGGAAGUACCUGCUACUAGAAACGAAGAGUAUUACCCUUGCUGUGCUGAGCCUUUCUCUGACAUAACAUUCAAGUUAACGAUGCGUAGAAAAACUCUUUUUUACACGGUGAAUCUUAUAAUUCCCUGCGUCGGUCUCACGUUUCUAACAGUAUUGGUAUUUUACUUGCCGUCAGACUCCGGCGAAAAGAUUUCGCUCUGCAUCUCCAUCCUGGUGUCCCUCACUGUGUUCUUCCUUGGUCUGGCGGAGAUUAUACCGCCAACGUCCCUGGCGAUCCCCUUGCUUGGGAAAUAUCUGCUAUUCACCAUGAUACUCGUCUCGCUCAGCAUAUCAUUAAGCAUCUCGAUACUGGUAUCACUGACUGUGUUCUUCCUGUUGAUGGCCGAGAUUAUACCGCCUACAUCACUGGCGAUACCGUUGUUAGGGAAGUAUUUGCUGUUCACAAUGAUAUUGGUGUCAUUAAGUGUGUGGAUGACGGUGUUGGUACUUAACGUGCAUUUUAGGUCUCCCUCGACGCACACCAUGUCCCCGUGGAUGGAGAAGCUGUUCCUCCAGCUGAUGCCGAAGCUGCUGAUGAUGAGGAGGACCAAGUACUCACUGCCCGACUACGACGACACAUUCGUCUCCAACGGAUACACCAACGAGCUGGAAAUGAGCAGGGACAGCUUGACCGAUACGUUUGGCGAUAGUAAAUGCGAUAAUGGUGACUACCGAAAGUCCCCUGGCCCCGAAGAUGACAUGCUUGGAGCCGGCGCACACCAACGACCCUCUGUUACUGAAUCGGAAAAUAUGCUGCCGCGUCAUCUCAGCCCUGAAGUUGCAGCCGCUUUACAGAGUGUUCGGUUCAUAGCACAACACAUCAAAGACGCUGACAAGGACAACGAGGUGGUGGAAGAUUGGAAGUUUAUGUCAAUGGUGCUCGACCGCUUCUUCCUUUGGCUGUUCACCAUCGCAUGCUUCGUGGGAACCUUCGGCAUCAUCUUCCAAUCCCCAUCUCUUUACGACACCCGAGUGCCCGUGGAUCAGCAAAUAUCAUCCAUAUCAACAAAAAAGAACAAUUUCUAUUACCCAACGGACAUUGAAACUAUUGGUAUUAUAAGU